GGGGGGAGAGACACACAGAGACAGAGAGGGUUAGAAGAGGGAGAAAGGAAUUCAGAACUGUUUAAAUGGGAAGGAUAGGGGCUGCAGACUGAACAAGCAAACAAAACAACUGGAAAAGUGGAAGCAGAUACAUUUUACGCACGAGAAAAGUGAGAAGUAGUUUGGGAAAAAGGGGGGAAAGGGCAUUAGAUUUUUUUCUUUCAAACGUCUCUUUUUUUUCUUCUGAUGACUCAGAAAGGAUUCCUGUUCAAAUCAGCCGCUCUGCAGGAAUUGAUGGUGUCUUUUAGGGGAAACGGAGCCGAGGGGAGGACUCUGAAUGCGCUCGGAUGAACCAUGCUUGGCUUUUGGAUCCUAACUUUGGCACUCGCUUUCAACAAAGUGUGCUGUGUGCGAUUCUCCCAGGAGCCGGCCGACCAGUCCGUGGUGCUGGGAGAACGGGUGGUGCUGUCCUGCGUGGUCUUCAACUAUUCGGGCAUCGUGCAGUGGACCAAGGACGGCUUGGCCUUGGGCGUUGGAGAGGGUCUUCGAGCCUGGCCCAGGUAUCGUAUACUGCGGGCGCUGGACACCGGCCAGUACAAUUUAGAGAUCUCACACGCUCAACUCUCAGAUGACUCGCUGUACGAGUGUCAGGCCACAGAGGCCGCCCUGCGAUCCAGAAGAGCCAAGCUCAAUGUACUUAUCCCCCCUGAGGAUCCGGUGGUGGAGGGAACGCCGGAGCUGCUGCUGAUGGCUGGUACUGCAUUCAACUUGACCUGCGUAACCCGCGGGGCCAAGCCUGCAGCUCACAUUCAGUGGACCAAAAAUGGCGUCCCUGUGGAGGGAGCACACCACUCAACGGAGGUGCUGCCAGACAGGAAGAGAGUGACGACCAGGAGCUAUCUCCCCAUCACUCCAGUUGACACCGACAGCGGCAGCAAUUUCACUUGUGUGGCCAGCAAUCCAGCGGUGCCAAUGGGCAAAAGAGCCACUGUCACUCUCAACAUCCACCAUCCUCCUACAGUGACCUUGUCCAUCGAACCUCGCUCUGUCCUGGAAGGGGAAAGAGUCACCUUCACCUGCCAGGCCACAGCCAAUCCACCCAUCAUGGGCUACAGGUGGGCUAAAGGUGGAGUGCUGCUGGAAGGGGCCAGGGAGAGCGUAUUUGUCACAACGGCUGAUCAUUCAUUCUUCACCGAGCCCGUGUCGUGUCAGGUGUUUAACGCAGUGGGGAGCACCAACGUCAGCAUUCUCGUGGAUGUGCACUUUGGUCCAAUUCUUGUUGUGGAGCCCAGACCAGUGACAGUGGACGCAGACUCAGAUGUCACUUUGAACUGCAAGUGGGCUGGAAACCCCCCACUUACUCUCACUUGGACUAAAAAGGGUUCCAGCAUGGUUCUGAGCAACAACAACCAGCUGCAUUUGAAGGCAGUGAGCCAGGCUGAUGCAGGACAGUAUGUCUGCAAGGCCAUCGUGCCACGCAUUGGAGUUGGAGAGACCGAGGUUACGCUCACCGUCAACGGCCCCCCUAUCAUCUCCAGUGAUCCAGUUCAGUACGCUGUCAGAGGUGAAAGAGGAGAGAUCAAGUGUUACAUUGCCAGCACCCCACCACCUGAUAAGAUUGUCUGGGCGUGGAAGGAGAACGUGUGGGAGAAGGAAAAAGGCACUCUGAUGGAGAGAUACACUGUGGAGCAGAGCAAACCUCAGUCCCAGGGUGGGGCUGUCCUUUCCACACUGACUAUCAACAAUGUCAUGGAGUCUGACUUCCACUCUCCAUACAACUGCACUGCCUGGAACUCUUUUGGACCUGGAACCAUGAUCAUUACACUCGAGGAGAAAGAUAUUGUUCCAGUGGGAAUUAUCGCUGGUGGUACAGUGGGCUCCUCCAUUCUGCUACUCAUGAUUCUGCUGCCACUUGCCUUCUUCUUCUACCGCCAACGCAAAGGCAGUCGCCGUGGUGUCACACUUGGUAAGCCAGACAUCAAGGUAGAAACGGUCAACAAAGAGACCCAUAGCUUGGAGGAGGAGGCAGCCAACGUCUCUACAGCAACUAGAAUGGUCAAGGCCAUGUACUCCCCGUUCAAAGACGACAUGGACCUGAAGCAGGAGAUCAGGAGCGAGAGCGACACGCGGGAGGAGUAUGAGCUCAAGGAUCCAACUAAUGGCUACUAUAACGUCCGAGCUACCACCCAUGACGAGGCGCGACCCCAAUCCCGUGUUGUCCACUACCAGGGAGAGUUUCGCCCCCCGAAUCCUAAUACCGGACCAGGUGGAGCCACUUCGAGCGGACCUUCUGCUGUAGCCAGUGGUGCAGUUCCUCCCAGCGCGGUGCCUGGCUCAAGAGCUGGCUGCUAUGACCCUCGUCCACCCUCCAGGAUGUCCCAUGCUACAUAUGCCCAGUUUAACACCUUCUCCAGGGCAGCCCAGAGGCAGGAUGUUCCUCCAAAUCCUGCUCUUCCAUCACCAGGAGAUUUCUCUGGAGGAGACUGUGGCCUACUGGACAAUACAACCCAACUACCAUAUGACAGCUAUGGAUUUCCCUCCCAAUAUCCAAGCUACCGUGUUGGCUUUGCUCCUACAAUAGAGGAAGGGCCUGCCUAUGAGAUGUAUCAAACAGGACAGGGGAGCGGUUCAGGGCCAGGAACAGGACAGCAAAGUCCUGAAACAGGCUUGGCAAAGUAUGGGAGUUCUACUCGCUUCUCGUACUCAUCCCCACCCUCUGACUAUUCCCAAAGACACACACAACGAAUGCAGACUCAUGUGUGAGGAAAACAUAAACAUACUUCUUGAAUUUAUGCUUUCAACACUAUUACACAACCUGUAUAAAUCCUAACGUGCUGUUUGUGAAUCUGAGAGAAUCUGUUUUCCUUUUUCAUGGCAAUCACUGCAUGGAUACCUGUUUUUACACUAUUACAAUAGCCAACAUUUAGGAGCAUUAUGUACGACACAGAAAGAAGCAAUGCUUCUUUAUGUUAAAUCAGGCAGUCUACGUUCUGUAAUCAUCUAAAGCAAAAGCGGAAUGCGGAGAAAAGAAGAGAAGAGCACUUUGCCAACUUGACUUGGAGGCGGGUCAACCCUUGACCAGCGUUUAGACCACCCCCAGUCUCACAGUCCUCCCAAACCCUCCCAUCUCUGUACAUAAUGUUACAUUUGGGUCAUUUCAAGAUUAUAUUUCUUGUAUAAAGCUAUAAACAGCAAACCUCUAAGUAAAAUACACAUUUUUUCAUUUUCUGACUUACAUUGCUAAUCACACAAACCCAGACAUACAACCCCAUGUCUGCAAAAAGAAUGCAGCAAAGGGGAAGCUUGGACUAUAGACAUAGGUGGCGCUUGUCACUGAAACUUGCAUAAUGGCUUUUAAUUACAAGAUCUACCUUGAUUUAAGUGGGACAGUUGUUUGGUGUGAUCAGGUGCCACUUCUUAUGUGCCAACACACAAGAAAACAUGGUGUCUUCUGUUUAUUUCACAGCGUGGACAAUGAGGUGCUCCGGGUAACAGGAUAAUACAAGAUAAAGGAGCAGUAGCAAGCGUCUCUUUGCUCCAACUCGUAUUGUGUCUCUGUCUUCAUCACCCAUUUCUAUACCUAAUAUUUCACCUGAUGUCAGACCUAUAGGAAGUGUUGUGAAACAAUGUGUGGCGGCAGCGCCUUCUCAUUCUAUACAUUUCUGCAAUUUGUGCAAAAAGAUACCUCCCCUACCCUAAAGUGUUCAAAUGUACUUGUUUUUCUCACUUGCACAGUAGGAUAGACUUUUUUCCAUAUUUAUACUAAAGCGUAUAAAAAAAUGCAUUCAGAAACAUUUUAUAAUAUUUUUAUAAGGAGUUGUGGACCAAAGGUUCAGCAUUUUGGGGGACACUCACUUUUUGAUGUGUAAUGCGGUGUUAACGUUCGGAAGAGAUCCGAGUUCCUUUAAAAUGAAGUGGUUUUUAAUGUUGUAGGCUUAAAAUAGAAAACUCAAAGAGAUUCACCUCGAAAUAACAAAUAUCUAGCAGGACAGGUUACCUGCUAUGGAUAUAUUUGUUUGGUGUGAAACUCUUUCUUUGACUUCCUGUCUUCUGACUGGACUGCCUUUUUUCUAAAGCUGGUGACGACAUUCUAAUUGAAGGGCCUGGAAUGAGCAGCUGCUCUAUCGGAGCAGUUCUGUUAACUUUGGAAGCAACCAGAAGGUUUAAAUGUGGUUUAACAUAUCAAAGUGAGGUGAGGAGGGUUCUAUCUAGCUCAUAUGGUACUUUGUACUAUUUGUAAGUACGCAAAUUUUCUCUCCACAACAUCAAAUUUGCUGGUGUUUGUUUUUUCAUUGUGUUUUGUCAGGUCUUAGAGUGUGUGGCCAGCCUUUAAAAGCAGGUAUUGGAAACGUGAAAAUCUGGGGGAAGUAGAAAAUGCAAGUACCUCCUCCUCCCCUUACUGCUCAGCUUUGCUCUUAAACGAUUUUCAGUAGGGAUAGCUGUUCUGUUUAAAGCUUCCGUAUUAUUCUACAUUUUGAAAAGAAAAGAUAUUAACAUUAAAGCCCUCAGAGCAUGUGUUACACAGGAACAUUUCUCUCAGAUUAGGCAUUCACCCUUUCCCAAAAACCUCCUUAUUCAGCUCUCCUCUGGACAAUACAACGUAUAACUCCCUCUAUAGUUAGAAACCCC